AUGAAAGAUCCUCCUAGCCCUAUCGAUGAAGCUAUACUGGAUCGUAUUCAUGGGUCGAUGAUUGGAAUGGCAUUGGGUGAUGCUCUUGGUGCUCAUGUCGAAUUUCGACCACGACAAUACCUCGUCAAAAAUCCAGUGGUCGACCUCAAAGGGGGUGGAACUUGGGGUCUCGAAAAAGGACAGGAAUUCAAUGUGAAUUGUAGUGAAGAAGGUGUGGCUGGUAAUGGAGCUUUAAUGCGACUUGCACCUGUGCCACUAUUCUUUUAUAAAGAUCCCGCUCAUGCUGUCGAAUAUUCAGGACUUAGUGGAUUGAUUACUCAUGGUGAUGAAAAAGCCUAUGAUGCCUGUCGUUAUUAUGGUGCUUUAAUCGUGGCUGCUGUCAAUGGAGCAACAAAAGAGGAACUAGUUGACAAAAAAUUUUACGAGAAGAAUAAAAAAUGGUUCGGUAAUAGAUCGCUUCAUCCAGACAUUGAAAAAAUAGCUCAAGGUUCUUACCAGAAAGGUGGAUAUGAUAAAGGUAUCCGAGGUAAAGGAUACAUCGUCGAUUCUCUCGAAGCUGCUUUGUGGGCUUUUUGGUCUGAUAAUGGUUCUUUCCGAGAUGGUGUUCUAGCAGCUGUAAAUCUUGGCGAUGAUACUGAUACAACUGCAGCCAUCUAUGGUCAAUUAGCUGGUGCUCAUUAUGGUUAUAAAAAUCUACCCGAAGAAUGGAAAAAAGAAGUAUACGCUAAAAAAUUUAUUCAAUGUUUGAGCAAGUGGAUCGUUUAUGAAGGAGCGAAUUGGUCACCAGAUGGAUCAAAAACUUCAGAGAUAGCUUCUGCGACUAUUAAUGUUCCAUUCAAUCAACCGAAGACAACUUUAAAUGAGCCAUCUGUGCAAGAAAGAAACACUAACUAUCAACCGCAAUUAUCAACAAAACAAUCAGAUUCACAAGCAGCAUGCACCACUAAGCUCGAACAAUCCAUUGACCCCGCAACAGGCCAUCGACUACAAAAUUCUAAUUUUUCCAAAACGUCUGAAGCUCAGCGUCAAAAUUCAGUGCAACACCAGAAUACCAGACCUUCAUCUCACCAGAAUUAUGGAGUCAAAAAUGCAGAACAUCGACGAUCUAUUCUUGAUAAUAUUAAGAAGUUACAAGCAAAAUGUCCAGAGCAUUAUGCAACAAUGCAAACAUGA